GGCGCGCGGUGCGCCACGUCUGGGCACUUUCCUGCCACCGGAGGCGGCUGCACAUCGCCCUGGCUCCGCCGCAGCAUGGAGACCCUUCUUUCCUCCCGGUGUGGCCCCCUGCUCUGGGCAAAGAUGCGCAGAAGCAGCCUGGCUCGUGGCGCAGCGGUGUUCCCGGCGGGUUCCCAGCGCGCGUCCUCCCGGCUCCCCAAGCGCAGCGCGCUCGCCCCGCAGCGCACUGCUCCGGGCGGAUCGUUCUUGAGAAGCGGCGCCGGCCAGGGCGCUCUCCCUCCCCGCCGCUGGAAUUCAGAUUCCCGCUUCAACAUACCCCCCAGCGCCGAGUUCGUGGCCAGGCCGGUGGGGAUCUGUUCCAUGUUCAGGCUGCCCAUCCGGGACUCUGCCGACGGCCUGGACGCGGCUUUCGUUGGUGUCCCUCUGGACACGGGAACUUCCAACCGCCCUGGGGCCAGGUUCGGUCCUCGCCACAUCCGUGCCGAGUCUGGGAUGGUGAGGCGCUUCAACCCAAGCACUGGGGCAGACCCGUUCCAUUCCCUUGUGGUGGCCGACAUCGGCGAUGUGAACGUCAACCUUUAUAACCUGGCAGACAGCUGCAGACAGAUCCGGGAAGCCUUCCAAAAGAUCACGGCAGGGGGCUGCGUACCCCUCACACUGGGUGGAGACCACACCAUAACGUACCCGAUCCUGCAGGCUGUUGCUGGAAAGCAUGGCCCUGUGGGGCUGGUGCACGUGGACGCCCACACCGACACCGGCGAGCAGGCGCUGGGGGAGAAGAUCUACCACGGCACCCCAUUCCGGCGCUGCGUGGAGGAGGGGCUGCUGGACUGCCAGCGGGUCGUCCAGAUUGGAAUCCGCGGCUCGUCCUACUCUCCAGAGCCUUACAAGUACUGCCAGGACCAGGGCUUCCGGGUGGUGCUCGCGCAGGACUGCUGGCUGAAGUCCCUGGCGCCUUUGAUGGCAGAAGUGAGAAGGCAGAUGGGGGACAAGCCCGUUUAUAUCAGCUUCGACAUCGACGGAAUAGACCCUGCCUACGCACCGGGCACCGGGACGCCCGAAAUCGCAGGCCUCAGCCCUGCCCAGGCUCUGGAGAUCAUCCGUGGCUGCCGAGGUCUCGACAUUGUCGGGGGCGACCUCGUUGAAGUGGCUCCCAUGUACGAUGCUUCUGGCAACACGGCCCUCCUGGGAGCAAACCUGCUAUUCGAGAUGCUGUGCGCCCUCCCCAGAGUGAAGACAACAUAAACCAUGCGAGGGAAGCUUCCAUCUCAAGAUGAAAGGCCCUUCCGCCAUUCCCACCCAGAAUCAAGACGCCGUUUUCCACUUGAGCUGGAUUCAUGUGACUAACUUUCCACCUUCUGUGCAAUAACCAAGACAGCCGGAACUGUUCGUGGCUGUUUUCAUGGACAGUAAAAGUAUUAGUAAAAGCCACCAUAAUUUUCUAGAA